CUGAAGUAAAGGGAGCUACGCAGGGAGGGGAAAAGAGAAAGUGUCAAGUUUCAGGGUCCUGCCAACAGCCACUAAGGAAGGAGCACCAUGUCCCGGGCCUCUCAGUGUGGCUUCCUGGAGUUUAUGCUGUUUGCAAUGUGCAGCUGGGAGGGAAUUGCUGCUUUUCCAAAUGCCUCGCCUCUGCUCAGCCCCAACUGGGGGAACACGGACAGCAUGCUGCACCUGUACACAUCCUCGACACGGAACAGUUUCCACCUGCAAAUCCACUCCAGUGGUCUUGUGGAUGGAAGUCCUCACCAAACAGCAUAUAGUGCGCUGGUGAUCAAAUCUGAAGGGGCAGGUUUUGUGGCGAUCAGUGGUGUGAAAAGUGGGCGCUAUCUCUGCAUGGACCUCAAUGGGGAUAUCUUUGGAUCACACUACUUUCGUUAUGAAGACUGCACUUUCAAACAUUGGACCCUGGAAAAUGGUUACGAUGUCUACCAGUCUCCCAAGUACCACUAUCUAGUCAGUCUUGGCAAAGUGAAGCAGCCUCUGUUCCCUGGUAUGAAUCCACCACUGUUUUCCCAGUUCUUGUCCCGACGAAAUGAAAUUCCUUUGGCCCAGUUCAACACUCCAGAGCCUCGCAGGCUGACCAGACAUGCCAACGCAGAUCCAUUUGAUAGCAUCAUCGCAGCACCAAACAGCCUAACAAAUUCCCAGCGGUUACAAAAUCCUAGUGUACAGUCACCCCAUUCUGCUGGGGACAAAGACAGAGACCCACUUCGAGCAAUUAUCUCCAGAAAUGGUCCUCAUGGUUAAAUCAGAACAGUGCAGCACUUUGAUUUCUGCACUGACCCAGAAUGUAACCUGAAGAAUUAUUUUGAUAGUCCCUGCUGAACUGUUAUAGAACCUGAAAACAUCUUUUUACGUGAUCUGUUCCAGAUAAGACUUCAAUUUAAACCCACCCCCCCAAUGAUGUGGCAGUAUACUGAGUCACAAGCCCUAACCAGAAUUAUUGAACACUUAAAAAAAAAAGUCUUCCUUACACUGGAUGGAAGGAGGCCUGAUGUUUUAAGGCCUGGGCAGGACGGGUAGCUUCUCUGCAUACAGCAGCGUGUCUUCCCCUGGAUGGUCAGCCUUCCUCUGUACCUGACAUUGCUAAAACCUUCCCAUUCUUAUCUUUGACUAGAUUUUUAGCUCAAAUUUAAGAGCACUUAAGGAGUGGCUUAUUUAUUAAUGGCCAAAAUCCUGCAGAGCAGCUGUUUAGUGGGAAACUGUGGCCGGCACCACAGGAGUCCCCUUGGCCAGUUUGUUCCAGGGUUUUUGAAAUGUCUGAAUUCACCCCUGCAAUUAACUAUUAGAAACAAACCGUAAACCCUAAUCUACAGCAUGAGACCCAUUUUUUUAACCAUGCAUGUUUUUCUUCCCCUUUCCCCUCUUCUUUCUCCAUUUCUUAUACAAAAAGUCUUACAUAACACACACACACGCAAAAAGAAAAUGGUGCUGUGGUUGCAACCAACUUUUGGUCCAGGCGUUUCCCAACUCUGGAUCCUCACCAACCCAUUAAAGAGCAAUGUACUAGACAGCACACACUGGUAAGCAACUUGGCAGGAGGGACUUGAGUAAUACUUGAAAAGAAGGGCAAGAGUUGCAAAGCAUGAAUGCGAAAUAUACUCAGCCCAUGAGUCUCCUGUUGCCUUGUACACCCAGGUUAAAUCAUUGUCCUUAAAAAGAGUGCUAAUUGAGUACUAGAUACCAAUAUUCUUAUAUAUCAUAGAGCAGAAAGUCUCAUCACAAAUCAUUCUGCUGGCACCAAUGAGAGCCAACCUCGACGGACAGAAUUGUAUGAUUUCACUCUGAAGAAACUGAACCACUUCAGACUGCAGAGUGCUCACAGCUUUAAAAAAAAGUCCUAUAGAAAGCUAACAUGUUGGGGGAAAGGGUUUCACCUAUUCCUUGCCUUGACCUGCUAAUCGUUUUUAUCUUGGAGUACAAUCAAACAUACCUUCCACAAGCAGUCAAAAUGACAGAAAACUGGUCUCACGCUCUAACAGAUUAAUCUUUUACUUCUCUUGGUUAGCACCAGCAUUUCCCUCCUCAAACCGCAGGAACCCAGAAUGAAACAACUCUACACAUCGUUGCAGUCUUCACGCUUUUAUUCAGCACACUAUAAAAAAUUGUAGUGUAUUUCAGUUUGCUUUCUGCUGCACUAAACUCUUCUAAAGGCUAAGCUUCAUUGAGACAGCCAACCAGUCCAUUCUGGCCAGAAAACAUGGGCUGCUCUUGGCUCAGUCAACCUGGGCCAUCUUCAGAGACAGAAAAUUAGAGACUCAUGAUUAGCUCCUGCCUGAAGGGAGGAAUCAGGUUUUGUGUUUUAGAAAUUUUAAAGAAUCUCUGUUCUGAACUGGCAUUCCCCCCAAUAGUAAGACCACAGGCUGGCCUAUUUUUAUUUAUUGUUGUAUUUUUAAAAAAUUCUCUGCCUUUCCUAUUAGACCAAGGUAGCUGAUAAGUUGCCUACUUAGAUGUACUGGACUAUACCACUGGAAAAUGUAGAAUGGCUUUCUCAAAAAAACUAAUUUUUAAAGAAAAUCAAGCUUAAAAAAGUGGGUGUUUUAGAAUGAAGCGUUCAAAAGGAAGAUAACACCGGCUAAUAAGACACAUGGUUAAUGCAUUUUUAUAUUACUGUAUUUAUUUAUUUAUUUGAAUGAUUUACAGUUAUUGCAGGCAUAUUUAUGAAUAUUUAUGAUGCAUCCCCGUUUCCAUUUUUUAAAAUAAAGAUCUAAAUAAAAGUUUUUUCUCAGAAAAAAA